AAAAUUUAUUCACUUCCUACUUUUAUCAAGAAAGUAUUUUAUAAUAUGAUACACCAACUAUUAGAUUAGAAAAAAGUUAUCUAUCUAAUGGAUACCAUUAGAUCACCAUCAGAAUUCAAGACAAUGAAGGAAGCAUCUCUAGUAAGUGUUAUAUUGACUACCCUGUGUCUACAUGCUCUGUGGCUGUAUGGGUUAUGCUGCAUUUGGAGACUUAACCCCUGGAAACCUCCUCACUGGUUUUGGCUUCUAUAAUCCAUUAUGGCUCCUUGACAUAGCCAAUGCCGCCACUGUCAUUCUCCUCGUUGGUGCUUACCAAGUUAAUUGCCAACCACUUUUCGCUUUCAUUGAGAAACAAGCAGCAGAAAGAUACCCAGAUUGGAAAUUCAUUACCAAAGAAACCAAAAUCCCCCUUCUAGGAGGAGGUUUUCCACCUUACAAUCUGAACCUCUUUAGGUUGGUUUGGAGGACAAUUUUUGUGAUCACCACCACCAUCAUCUCCAUGCUUCUUCCCUACUUCAACCACGUCGUUGGACUCUUCCUUGCUGUGGGAUUCUGGCCCCUGACAAUUUACUUCCCAGUGCAGAUGUAUAUCAAACGAAAGAUGAUUCUAAACUGGAGCAUUCAAUGGCUCUGCCUCCAAAUCCUAAGCAUUUCCUGCUUUAUUAUCACCAUUGCAACAGCUCCUGGCUCUAUUGCAGGACUUGUUGUUGAUCUCAAGUCAUACAAGUCUUGAUCUUUAGGGUUUAAGUUUUUUUGUUGGAUUGUGAACAUAGGUCUGGGGCCAUAUAUGUAUCUUAUCCCAAAUUGUAAUUUUGCUUAUCAUCGAACGCCGAAGAAAUUACAAAACAGAGC